AUGGCCGGAACCAGGAAUUACGAUUUUUUGAUUAAACUCCUUUUGAUAGGCGAUUCCGGUGUAGGAAAAUCAUGCUGUCUCUUGCGUUUCAGCGAGGAUAGUUUCACACCUUCGUUCAUCACCACGAUUGGAAUUGAUUUCAAGAUUCGUACAAUUGAGUUGGAUGGAAAGAGAGUGAAGUUGCAGAUUUGGGAUACGGCGGGCCAGGAGAGAUUUAGGACGAUUACCACGGCGUAUUAUAGGGGGGCCAUGGGCAUCUUGCUUGUUUAUGAUGUUACAGAUGAGAGAUCUUUUACAAAUAUCCGCACCUGGUUCAGCAACGUCGAACAACAUGCCACCGAAGGUGUAAACAAGAUCCUCAUAGGCAACAAGUGCGAUUGGGAAGACAAACGAGUUGUAUCCACCGAACGCGGUCAACAAUUAGCAGAUGAACUCGGCAUUCCUUUCCUCGAGGUAUCAGCCAAGAGUAACAUUAAUGUAGAAAAGGCAUUCUACAGUUUGGCAGCAGAUAUCAAGAAGAGAAUCGUGGAUACGAGUAAGAUAGAUCAGGCGGCGCAACAAGGUGUUGAUGUGGGUGGUCAGAGUAGUGGAGGUGGAAGUAAAUGUUGUUAG